GUCCACAGGGACGCCGGACAGUGCUGGCACGGGAUGCACUGCGCUGCAGUGCUGGGUGCUGCACGGGCAGCCUCCACUGCUCCUCUCCUCCGGGCUUGGCUCCUGGCGAUGGCAAAACGCGCCAUGGCCACCAGCCUGCUCCGCAUCCCCCCACCGCAGGGGCUGCUCCGGCCCCUGGCUGUGCCGGAGAGACUGCUGCUCGGGCCAGGGCCCAGCAACGUGCCCCCCCGCAUCCUGGCUGCAGGCAGCCGGCAGCUCCUGGGCCACAUGCACCCUGAGGUGCUGCAGGUGAUGGAUGAGAUCAAGGCAGGCAUCCAGUACGCCUUCCAGACGCAGAACCGGCUGACCCUGGCUAUCAGCGGCACUGGCCACUGCGCCAUGGAGGCUGCCCUCCUCAACCUCCUGGAGCACGGUGACACCACGAUGGUGGCUGUCAACGGCAUCUGGGGACAACGCGCUGCUGACAUCGCCAGGAGGCUAGGAGCCAAUGUCCAUGAGCUGCUGAAGCCCCCAGGCGAGUACUUCACUCUGUGGGACAUCGAGGAGGGCCUGGUGCAGCACAAGCCCUUGGUGCUCUUCAUCACCCAUGGCGAGUCCUCCACGGGGGUGCUGCAGCCGCUGGAGGGGCUGGGCGAGCUGUGCCACCGGCAUGGCUGCCUGCUGCUCGUGGAUGCGGUGGCAUCACUCGGGGGAGCCCCCAUCUUCAUGGACCAGCAGGAGAUCGACGUCCUAUACUCGGGGUCUCAGAAAGUCCUCAAUGCCCCUCCCGGCUCCGCCCCCAUCUCGUUCAGCGAGCGAGCCAGGGAGAAGAUGCUGAGGAGGAAGAUGCAGCCCCCAUCCUUCUACCUGGACAUGGGCUGGCUAGCAAACUACUGGGGCUGCGAUGGCGAGGCACGAAGGUACCACCACACAGCCCCGAUCAACAGCUUCUUCAGCCUGCGGGAAGGCUUGGCCAUGCUGGCAGAGCUGGGUCUGGAGAGCUCUUGGGAACGCCACCGGGCCAACUGCACCCAGCUGUGCCAGGGGCUGUGCGACCUGGGGCUUGAGCUCUUUGUGAAGGAGGAGAAGGCAAGACUUCCCACCAUCACCACUGUCAGUGUGCCUGAGGGCUAUGACUGGAAGGAGAUCACAGCCUUUCUCAUGGACAACCACGCCAUCGAGAUCGCUGGGGGCCUGGGCCCCUCGGUGGGCAAGGUCCUGCGAAUCGGCCUCAUGGGCUGCAACUCGACCAGCAGCAAUGUGGACCGUGUGCUGCGUGCCCUGCAAGAUGCCCUCAGGCGCUGCCGCCGCAGCAGGCUGUGAGCACCCCUGCAAAGGGGGGGUCUGGAGGAGGCAGCAUGGUGCUCUCUGCUGUGUCCAGCUGCAGGCAGCUGGCAGGCAGAGGGGCUCCACUAAUUCCCUGGGAUGCUGACAGGAAACACUGCAACACCCAGCAACCUAAGCCAAGAGUGGGAAGGAGAAGCUGGAAGAGCUGGGCAUGUGGAGGUGAGGGCUGCGGCUCGGCAGAUGCAGGCCAUGGCUCAAAACCCUUUCUCCCAGUCCCCACGCAUGGUCACUCCUCGCCCUGAUGGCCUGGCUCCCCAGCUUCCCCCUUUCCUCUGGCCCCAGCGCACGGCGGCCCCACUGCAAGCUGACACAAGGGCUGGAUGCAGGAUCCAACCACAGGUCCCUCCCCCUCCCACCACCACCAUCCUCAGCUGUCCCUGCACCAGAGCCCAGCAGUGCAGGACACCAGCCAUCCCCCUCAGAUUUGGUCCCCUGGGAUGAAACACCCACCCUAGCACCCAGCUCUACCAGGGGAGCCGAGAGGCCGUGCAUCCCCACCCAGCUGCAGCAGACACACGCUCGCUCCCCGAUACCGUCUUUCCUCAAUAAAGCAACAUGCUCCCCA